AUGCUCUGCACGUCGCCAGCGGCAGGGGGUGCUGGUGGUCGAGCAACGAGCCUUGCGACAAAAACAAACGACGCCUGGCGCAAUGACGGACGACCUCAACGCCCAAGAGCCAGGAACAGAAAUGGUCCUUAUCCACUCGGAUCACGGCGCGCGCGCGCAACAACCGUCUUUUGCUGUAUACUGAUAGGUGCUGGUUGGUCCUGUUUCGUCUGGGGCUCGACGGCACACCCACGAGUCGCUCUCAGCUGUCGAUGA